GUUCAAUCCAUUGUUGUGAUAGUAUCCAAGCUUGAUAUGAAGAUGAUGAGUAAAUUUUGCUAGGGGGAUCAUGACUGGCCAUGACCAAUGAAGGAUACAUGGGUUUGUUGGUUUGAUUAGGUGGUUGGCUUCCUCCCUCCUCCCCUGUUGACCACUCCAACUGCUCGCCAAAUCUCACUGGAACUACCGAUCUUGUUUGCCUCAGAAUGCACACAUGCUCAUUUCCACAAACGAGGAUGCUGUUUAGCGGUGGACGGCGUGGGAGACAUGAUGACCGCACUGACAUAAACAAGCUUUUCCUCCCGAUUUUUUCAGCUUUAUUUUUUUUCUUUUUAGGCUACACAGAGUCGAUUUGAUUCCCUGGUUGAGUCAAUCAGCAUCAUCUCCUCAACAGUUCAAGACUUUCUCGAUGGCACAUAAAACAAAGAAAACCGAUAAAGACGUCGAUCCGGUGAAGGUGGUCGAAUCGGACAUUCUCGCGAAGAGAGAUCGAUCGAUCGAUGUGCUUCGUGGAUUAACUUGUCUGGCAAUGGUCCUUGUCAACACCGCCGGACCCGUUCGUCCCAGCUGGCUAUCACAUCCGACUUCGAUCCAUCAAUCCAUUACCUUUGCUGAUACACUCUUCCCGUGCUUCGUUUUCACCUCCGGCCUAGCUUCGGCUCAAUCGAAAAAGAACGAGCAGAAUGGUCGAAAUCCAUCGCUGAAAAGAACUCUCAUCCGGGCCAUCAAAUUGAAUCUGAUCGGAAUAGCGUAUAACAAUCUAAUCCCGCGACUGGCGGGAUUACAUGGUGAUGGCCUAUUGAAUUUGAAAACCUAUAGGAUUCCAUCUGUGCUCGGAACCAUUGGAAUCUCUUCGCUCGUUUGCACAUUGGAAUCCUACUGGAUCAUCAAGCCUCCAAUUUUCCCCGCAAUCCUCGGUCUCUCGUGGUACAUGAUAUCUCGUCUGCGCCCAUUCGACCCGCUCCAUUUGAGCUCACAAGCAUGGCUCGACCGGAGAAUUUUUGGCCCUUCUCAUCUGUAUGACCCGGUCCCCGGAUUCGAUCCUGAAGGAAUCCUCGCUGCCCUCUUGACCGUGCCAAUCUCCAGUCUUCUGGGGAGCUAUCUAGCCCGUCCCAUUCAAAACUUGGCCACGAUCGAGACUCCUCAGCUUAUAGGACUCGGGAUCCUUGGAAGCUUGUUGACCGGGUUGUUGCCUUCACCUGCUUCCAAGCUCCUUUGGACGACUACCUAUGUCGGACAGACUACCGCGACAAGCUUGUUAUACUGGUCAUUCUCGAGGGCUUUAGUAUCUCUCCCAACUCGACUCACCCUUAACAUCAGUUCAGCACUCGAAAUGCUCGGCCAAAGGUCGCUUGAAAUUUACCUCAUCUCAGCUAGUGUUCCACUUGCUUUGACUAGGAUCGGAACGUGGGACCUGAUUUCCCAUCUCAUAAACAAUCUCCUCACCCUAAUCGGAUUCAAAGACGACCAUAAUCGAAAUGUUUUGGUAGGAAUAGCUCGGAGCAGUCUGUUAGGAAGUUCUAUGGUCCCCUUCGCCAAGCUCCUCAUACAUUUCGGUUGGAAGGUUUAGCAGAGAUGAAAUGAAUGUAUAAUUUUUCUUUAAUUCUGGGUCUGAUCCAAUGAAAUUGUGCAGUAAAACAUCGACAAGGUUUUUUUCCUCGCGG